AAAGAAGCGACACAAGAAAAUUAAUUUGUUUUGCUUCUCAUGUUUUUUUUUUUUUUUUUACUCAUUUCUUGCUAAUCGCCACGUCCAAUUAUGCAAAUUCAACAAUUACGUAUAUUUCGUGAUGGCGUUUAUACAUUCCUACGGUGUCCCUGAGUGCCCAGAGAGGCGCCAAAAUGCAUUUUAUUUUUGUCUUAACGUCAUUGGUGGGGUUAAAUAAAGCUGGAUGUCAAUAAAAGAGAAUAUUAUUUGGAAAUUUUUCAUAUGGUAUGUGUUUUUCCCCCGAAUGACUGUAUCCAGAAGCCCGGGAGAGUCAAGUGGAGUGUUGGUCGAACAGCUGUUUGGCUAGCCUAGCAAGCUAGCUAGUAGCCCGGCCCAUCGUAACAUUGGCGCUAGUAGCAGCCGGUUUUCGUUCUAAUUGGUGUCAUUUUAUCACAUCGUCCGGAUAUUUAAGCACCACACCAGCAUCCACAUCCAGACGUCAUGUCUUCCAGGGAUCGCCGGUCGGACGUCUACAUCAAGGCAGAACCGAGCAGUCCAGAUGGAGGCGGGGGAGGUCGGACCAGUCCGGGAGGGGCCUCCUCCGACUCCUCUCAAAGUGGAGGCGGCGAGACCAGGGGAGACUGUGCGAAACGCUAUUCGCCGCCGCUUUACACGCCAGCCUUGCGUUGCCACUUCAAAGACGAGAGCGGCGACGGCGCUGACGAGGGGUCCACGGGCAACGGCGCCGGGCGCUGCAAGUACGCCCUGAGCACGCUGCCAAAGAGGCUGUGUUUGGUCUGCGGGGAUGUGGCUUCGGGCUACCACUAUGGCGUGGCUUCUUGUGAGGCGUGCAAAGCGUUCUUCAAGAGAACCAUCCAAGGUAACAUUGAAUACAGCUGUCCCGCUUCAAAUGAGUGCGAGAUCACCAAAAGGCGCAGAAAGGCGUGCCAGGCAUGCCGCUUCACCAAGUGCCUCAAAGUGGGCAUGCUGAAAGAAGGAGUUCGUCUUGAUAGGGUUCGAGGCGGACGACAGAAGUACAAAAGACGCCCUGAAGUGGAGAAUGCAACUUACCAGAGUGUUCCCCUACCACUGACUAAGGAGAAUGAAAAGGGUUCGUCCAACAUCAUUGUGUCCCACCUGUUAGUCGCCGAGCCAGAAAAGCUGUUUGCCAUGCCCGACCCCCUCCAGCCUGACACGGCCCAGCGCACUCUCACGACCCUUUGUGACCUUGCUGACCGUGAAUUGGUCGUCAUCAUCGGCUGGGCCAAACACAUUCCUGGCUUCCUGUCUCUGUCGCUAGCGGACCAGAUGUCUGUGCUACAGUCCGUUUGGCUGGAGGUGCUGGUGCUGGGAGUGGCGUACCGCUCGCUGGGCUGUGAAGAUGAGGUUGUCUUUGCUGAGGAUUUCGUCCUCGAUGAGGAAAUGUCUCGUGUCGCCGGCCUGACGGAGCUAAAUGCGGCCAUUAGUCAACUUGCCCGACGCUUCCGCACCCUUAAUGUGGACCGAGAGGAGUUUGUCAUGCUAAAAGCCAUCGCGCUCACUAACUCAGACUCUGUUUACAUCGAGGACAUGGAGGCCGUGCAGAAGCUGCGGGACCUCCUCCACCAGGCCCUGCUGGAGCUGGAGUGUCAGCGGCGCCCGGACGACCCCCAGCGAGCAGGUCGGCUCCUCUUAACGCUGCCUCUCCUCCGGCAGACCGCCGGCCGGGCUCUGACGACAUUCUACAGCAUCAAGACGCGCGGCGGCAUACCCAUGCACAAACUAUUCCUGGAGAUGCUGGAAGCCAUGAUGGACUCUCCCUAGAGGCGCUCGCGCAGGAUGACGCAGAGCCUCGUCAGUGUUCUAAUCUAGUCUUUAUGUUUUGUCACAAAGGAAACGUUUUAUUAGAGAAUUAUUCAUGAGGAAGGGGGGAGGGGAAGUGUUCUUUUGAGAGAGAAGCGAUUUGAAAAGAAAGACUGCUAGCUCUGAAGCUGUCACCGUCAAAACUUGACGAACACCCUCGAGAUCCACUUUUGUUGUGGACAAACGCUGGGAAAUGAAACAAAACGGAAUGCCAAGUUGCUUGCAGCGGCCUUCUCUCGUCACAGCGUCACCCCGCAGUUGCAUAACCACCGGAGAACACGGAAGUACCGCAGAAGAGACGGCGGACAUGUGGCUUUUGAACUUUGGAACGAAUGCAGCAGUGACUCAUGAAAGCCAUAACAUAUCUGGCCAAGACUUGAGGGUCCACUUUAGUACACAGGGUGCAUUCAUUUACUAUAGCUUAGUGUGCCGUUGUAGGCAGGUUUGUUUUGUUGUUGUUGUUGUUGUUAUUAUUAUUGUUAUUAUUUUUAGGACUUCCUUGCAAUAUGUUCAAAGCAAUAUAACGACUUAAAAAUGUGGAUAACAUGCUAAGUUGCAUCCUAGUUAGUUGUGCAUCUGUAGUUUUCCCACUCUCAGGACCCCCAAGUACUUUCUUUUACGUCAGCCGUAGAGAAGAAAAAGCUGCUAGCAAGUGUGGGUAGAAAUCCUGUCGGCACAUGAAAAAAUGGCUUCCAUUUGCAGUUGCAGCCAAUGAGCUACACUUUUUUUCCUUUUUUUAACAGUGUUGCAACACCGAAGUUAGACGGGAAUGCAUCUGCCUCGUUUGCUCCCCCCACCCGCCCGACCUCCACUAGAUCUUAUUCUAUUGGACCGCCGCCGUGGUCUGACUUGUAUGAUCUGUAGGCCUUUAGCUGCAUUUUCUGCAGUAGGGAAAGAGCAGAUGCUCCUUUGUGUUUUGUCUUUUAACUUGUAAGCGCCUGGAAUGGGCUCAGGGCUACUAGAAAUGCAACACUCUGUAUCCAACUGUUGUCGGGCUCCGUACUCUACAGCCCUCUGUCACCUCAUAGACUUCCAAAAUAAGGGACUGCUCCUCAUUCAGUGUACCUGACGUCCAAACGAGACCUCUGAAAAGAAUAUUCCUUCCUCACUCAUCACUUGGACAGUUGCGGUGACGUGAAUAGCAACAUGCAAUCUGCCGACAAAUGUGACAGUUUGGCCGUGACUAAUGUACAGUGUUUGUGCAGCUGAAGUGUUUUGAAAUUUGUUAAAACAUUUUUCAUACACGUUCCUUUCUAGGAUUUAUGGCUGCGUGUGUGUGAUGGAGUGAAUGAAGAUGAAUUAUGCACUGACAAAACUGUCGUGGGAUGGAGAUGUAGAGGUUCCUCUAGGACAGGGGUGUCCAAAGUGCGGCCCGGGGUCACAUUUGAAAAAUACCAUUUAACAUGAAAAAUAAAACGGCAAAAAUGGAACAGUCAGCAGUACCACAAUAAAGUCAAAAUAUUACGAGAAAAAAAGUUGCGAUCUAACGAGAAAAAGUUGCGAUUUUAUCCGAAUAACGUAAUAUUGUGAGGAAAAAUAACAAAAUACUAAAUAGUAUGUAUGAGUACUUUUUGGAAAAAUAGGUCGUGGAAGAAGUUAUGUUACGAGAAUAAAGUCAAAAUAUGGGACUAAAGGCAGAAAAUUUACAAGAGUAAAAGUUUAAAUAUAGUUGGAAAUUAAAAAAAGAAAAAACCCAGCAGAAAUGGAAAAAACAGCUGUUUUAUUUAAUUUAAAUUGAUUGAAUUAAAAUUUAAAAAAUUGAAAAUGUUAAUUAUAACGUCAAAAUAUUAAGAAAAAAGUUGUAAUCUAGUGAGAAAAAGUUGUAUUUUUACAAGCAUAACGAAAUAUGGGGAAAAAAAGAUAAAUACUAAAAAAUAUAUCUCAUAUAUAAAAUAAUUAAAUUCAUAAUAUGAGAAACAAAACAAAAAAGUUGUCCUUUUUGAAAAAUUAGGUUGGGGAAAAAUUUGUUUCAAGAAAGUAAAAAUAUGAGAAUAAUGUCAUGACAAGAAAAUUCACAAGAAGAAAGUUUUAAACAGUGGGAAAAAAAAAAUGGGAAAAAACAGCUGUAAUUUUACGUUUAUUUUAAAGUCAAAGUAUUAGAAAAAUUGUAAUCUAAUGAGAAAGUCGUAAUUUUACAAGAAUUAACGUAAUAUAAGGGGAAAAAAUUACAUUGAAAAAUAGAAAUAAUUUUUGUUUAAAAUGAAGCUAUAUCUUAAUAUAUAAAAUAAAAUAUUAAAUUCAUUAUGAGAAACAAGCAAAACAAAAAGUUUUAAUUUUGGGGAAAUUGGGUUGCUCAAAAAGUCAUAAUAUUACGGUUAAUUAAAAUUUACUAGAACAAAGUUGAAAUAUUUGGAAAAUGCAAAACAA